CUGGAAGACAAAAAGCAGACGGAGAGGGGGAGGGAAGAAAGGCUUUCUCCUACUUCUUCUAACUCAACAAAUAGUCUGCAACCUCCCGGGAAGGUGCCAGGCUGCGUGAUUAUGAGCACCUCAGGGCUUCAGGCCAGCGACGGGCAGAACGCGAAGGAGCUCGACAGCAUGAAGGAAUCCAUCAGUGACAUCAUCAACCAGCUCCAGGACAUCGACCCCGCCAGACUCUCCUUCUCCCCCUUCCUGGACCUGGACACUCAGAUCUGCAUGGCGCCCGUGUCCGACAGCCCCGAGUCCUCGGUGGAGGAGCUGCACUCGUCCUCCCUGCACUCGGCCUCGGGCUCGCAGCGCUCCCUCCAACCUCCGCCGUUGGCGGACGAGCCAGAGAGCUCCUGCCUCCAGCGGCCCGACGAUGGCCUCCGCGAGGAUCAAACUGCCGACACAGAAGAGGGAACGCUGGAUCAAACUCUUUCCACUCCGAUCACCACAGAGCGCAAUUUGGACGCCGCCACGGAAAAUUGCAUCAGCACUCCAAGCCCGGCUUCUCACGGAGACAUUCCCAACGGCACAGACACGCCAAGAUGGAGUCCGGCAUCCGCUCAUCCGGACUUUACCGCGGAUGAGGGUCGACCCCUGAUAGGCCCGCCCCCGGACAGCAUGGAGCUGGCGGUGUGGAGCCCAGAGGGCGUAGUAGACACUUGCCAAAGCGCGAGUGAGACGACAGGUGGCGGAGCGUGCUGCUGCAAGUGUCGAUGCUGUCACAGCGGCAGAGUUCCCGCCUUCAUCUCCGUGCUGGCGUCUCUUCUGUGUGCAGCCGGGAUUCUCUAUGCACUCUAUUUCUACGUCCACAUCAAACCGCCUGACUGCCCUGAUGUGGGCAGUCGGGUGGUCUUCACCCUCUGCUGCUGCGUGGUGGCCGCCCUGCCCAUCCUGCUCGCGAUGCUCUCAGGUGCAGCGUGUCGCUUCUGCAGCGCCUCUUUUGGACGGCAAGAGUCACCGCCCAGGAGGCACGUGGCCCAGCAGCUGUUUGUCACGGCCUCCGUGGAGUUGCUGUUCCUCUACGUCCUCAACCUCAUCGUCAUGGCGGCCUUGCUGCCUCAACAUGAGCUCAAGUUGGUACCGAUCUUGGUCGCCAUGUUCAUCCUGGGAAGGCUCAUUUACUGGGCGAGCCUGAAUAUGUGCGGCUCCUGGCGAGGCUUCGGCUCCGGCCUGACCGUCUUCCCUCUCCUGGCGAUGGUGGCUCUCAAUCUGUUCCUCCUGUACCGCCUGAUUCUCAAAGAGCCGCUUUUCGUCUCCCAGGACGUGGUCCUCAACCAGGUCACGCCGUCUCCCUGGACCGGGGAGACGUCACAGAGCCCGAGCGGCAAACCAGACGCGCCGGCCACAGACUUCCUGGACUCCCAGUGAGGACGUUGCGCUCUCUUCUUUCAAAGGAGGAGAUGGUUACGAAAAUAAGUCAUUCCUGUGGUCCGCAGUCCGGCAAAGCUACACAUGUUGCCACCAUAAACUCUUUGUCCUUGACGACUUGUGAUUUAACUCCUCCUAAACUGGACUUUUAUUUUUUUUUUAUUGUUUAUUUUUUGAAACCCGAGAGCUCCUUGCCUGCUUGUGGUGGAGGACUCCUUUGAACCAACACAUGUCCUUUCAAGCUUUUCCAGUACCUACAGUAUAUUUAAUGUCUUGAACUCUAAAAGUAGCUUAAAAGCUUCACUAUAUGUGUGGGCGAAAAAUGGGUUGGACCUGCAAAAGCUAUUACUUCUCAGCUUUUUCAUUGUUAAAUGUACAAAAUGUUUGUUCUGAAUAAAAUCCCAC